AUGUCAACCUUGAGUGAGCGUGUUGGAGUUCUGGAAGCCUUGGUGGGUGAACCAGCACGUGAAGGAGAGUCUCUUGCUGAGCAGGGAGCGCUACACGCAGAGGCUAUUGCUGAAUUGAAGCAGAUCACGCGCAAUCUGCAGAAGGAGUGCGCUGAGCGGUAUAAUGAGAUUCUUUCCCAAAUUCUGUCCCUUACAGACCGCAUGGAGGAGCGGGUUGCAACGCUUGAGGAGGACCUCAAGAUUGCCAAGAAAGCCAUAGCUGGAGCACCAAGUGGGGGUGAGAUGGGCGCGGGUCAGUCCAAACUGAAAGUUCCAGAGCCAAAGCCAUUCGGAGGGAGCCGUAACGCAAAGGAGCUGGAGAAUUUUCUGUGGGACAUGGACCAAUACUUCAAGGCUGCACGCGUGGCUAAGGAAGAGCAGGUGACCAUCACAGCUAUGUAUCUUGCAGGGGACGCCAAGCUUUGGUGGCGCACGCGUAUGGAGGAUGACGCUAGUGCGGGCAGACCAAAGAUUGAGUCAUGGGAGGUUCUGAAGCGGGAAUUGAAGGAGCAGUUCCUACCACAAAAUUCAGCAUGGGUGGCAAGGGAGACGUUGAAGAAACUGAAGCACACGAGUUCCGUGCGGGAAUACGUGAAGGAGUUCAGUUCGUUGAUGCUGGACAUCAAGAACAUGAGCGAAGAAGACAAGCUAUUUAAUUUUGUUUCAGGGCUACAGCCCUGGGCGCAGGCUGAGUUGAGGAGGCAGAAGGUGGCGGAUUUACCUUCAGCCGUAGCUGCCGCAGACGGCUUGGUGGACUACAAACUAGGGCCGUCGUCUUCGAACGGGGGUGAGAAGAAAAAGGGCAGAAGCGAGAGGAGGAGGUCUCCUCGAAAAUAUGGCAAAGAGGGCUGGAAGGACAGGAGGAAAAGAGAAGCAGAACCAUCAAAGCAGAGGGGUCCGGAUCCAACCCCGAGCAGACAAGGUGGCGGGUGCUUUCUUUGUGCUGGACCGCAUCGGGCUAGGGAUUGCCCAAAGCGGGAGCAGCUGUCCGCUCUCGUUGCACAGGAGGAAAAGAGCACUGAAGAUGAGAACCCAAGGCUGAAUCCCAUACAGCUACUGAACGCCGUGACAGCCGAGCAACCAGCCGCGUGCAAGGGGUUAAUGUACGCGUGGGUGGAGGUGAACGGGCAGCAGGUGCGUGCAAUGCUGGACACGGGUGCCACGAAUAAUUUCUUGGCACAGCGCGUGGUGGGGAAGCUAGGAGUGACCAUGGAAAAGUGCUCAAGCAGAAUAAAGGCGGUAAAUUCCGCGUCUCAGCCAAUAUUGGGCACUGCCGCUUCACGGGUGAAGAUGGGUGCAUGGGAAGGCGAGUGCACGUUCAUGGCAGUACCCUUGGAUGACUUUGAUCUCAUCCUUGGCCUCGAUUUCUUUGUGAAGGCCAAAGCCGUUGCCAUGCCACAUCUAAAUGGGGUGAUGAUUAUGGAUGAGCAGCAGGCGUGUUUCGUCAAGGCGGAUGCAAACGUUAGGAGCGUAGAGCGCGUAGCGCUGCAGUCUGCCGCACAGGCGUGCGCGGGUCUGGAGCACGUAGCGCUGCAGUCUGCCGCACAGGUGUGUGCGGGUUUGAAGCGCGGAGAGGAGCUGGUGAUUGCGGCACUGGUGGAAAUCAAGGAGGAUCACACCAUGGACGUGCCAGAUUGCGUAGCAGAGGUGCUGGACCGAUACGCAGACGUGAUGCCCGCGGCGUUACCCAAGACGUUGCCGCCAAAGAGACGUAUAGACCACAAAAUUGAGCUGGAGCCAGGAGCAAGGCCGCCAGCACGCGCACCAUACAGAAUGGGGCCUAUGGAGUUGGAGGAGCUGAGGAAACAAUUGGAUGAGCUGCUGGAGGCUGGAUUCAUCCAACCCUCAAAGGCACCAUAUGGAGCGCCGCACCACAGAGUGACAGACGUGUUGAGCCGCAAGGAGGUGCACGCGUAUACAGCAGCGUUGACAGAGGUUCAGUCGGAUUUCCUCGGGAAAUUGCGGGUGCAAGCAGAGGAAGACGCGGAGUACGGACACUUGAGAGAACAAGUGGAGCAGGGGAUCGUGAGAAAAUAUUGGCUGGACAGAGGGCUGCUCUAUGCAAAAGGAGGCAGACUGUACGUUCCCAAGAGCGGGGGACUAAGGCAAGGAUUAUUGAAGGAAACGCAUGAGCCACAAUGGGCAGGACAUCCAGGCGUGGAAAGGAUGGUGGCGCUGCUCAAGAGACACUAUUGUUGGCCAAGGCUAGAGGAAGACGUGGAGCUGUACGUACGCACGUGUUUGGUGUGUCAACUGGACAAGACCGAGCGGCAGAAGCAAGCGGGUCUGCUACAGCCACUUCCUAUACCCGAGAGGCCAUGGGAAUCGGUGUCUAUGGAUUUUGUGAGCGGGUUUCCGAAGGUGGACGGGAAAGGAUCUGUUUUGGUGGUAGUCGACAGAUUUUCCAAAUAUGCAGUGUUCAUUGCCGCCCCACAGACGUGCCAAGCGCACACAGCAGCGGAGUUAUUUUUCAGACACGUCGUGAAGAUUUUUGGACUACCAAGGGACAUCAUAAGUGAUCGAGACGCGAGGUUCACAGGGAAAUUCUGGACGUCAUUGUUUAAAAUGAUGGGUUUCGAGCUGAAGUUUUCAACAGCGAAUCAUCCACAGACCGACGGGCAAACAGAGCGCGUAAAUGCUUUGUUGGAGGAAUACUUGCGGCAUUACAUCACCGCAAGCCAGCGGAAUUGGGUAGAGCUACUGGAUAUCGCUCAGUUCAGCUACAACGUGCACAAAUCAUCAUCCACGGGGAUGAGUCCAGCGGAGGUAGCGCUAGGACAGCAGCCGAUGACACCAUUGGAGGUGGCUAAGCAGAAAACGCAGGGAGAGUGCCCAGCGGCGUACAGAUUUGCACGUGAGAAGACUGAAUUGAUUGAGGAAGCGAUGGACAGCUUAUCCAAAGCCCAGCGGAGGAUGAAGAAGUAUGCGGAUAAGCAUAGGAGAUCAGUGGAGUUCCAGGAGGGAGACAUGGUGCUGCUGAAAUUAACGCCUCAGAUGUGGAAGAAGAUCACAGACCGAAGGUACCAUAAGGGACUGGUGCAGCGGUAUGAUGGGCCGUUUCAGAUAAUCAAGCGGGUUGGAGCAGUGGCAUAUAGGCUUCAAUUACCGGAGCGCUUGAAGAUACACCCCACGUUUCACGUGAGUUUUCUCAAGCCAUAUCAUGAGGGUGAUAGAGCUCAAGUGAGGAGAGCACCACCCAUGGUGAGGAAGGACAUUGAGAAGAAGCUUGCCAAAGUUUUAGAUAGAAGAACUUUGGGGGAGAGCAAGAAAAACCGGCGUGUGGAAUACUUGAUCCAGUGGGAAGGAGAAAGUGACGCCGACGCAACGUGGGAGAGAGACGUGAACUUGUGGCAGUAUGAGGACCAAAUAAAGGCUUAUUUGGAGACCCACCUGACGAGGGCGUCAGGCUCUUCCAGUGGGGGUGGGUUUGUCACAGGGUAUCAGCCAUGAUACGCGCUGGUGCCAACCUGCGUGCUGGGUGACGCAGGAAACCUGCGUGCGGAGUAGCGCAGGGAGACGUACAUGCGCGGGUGCGCAUAGCGGCACUUCCAGUUGGUGCUGGGAGGAUCAUACAAGGACCAAGUCAUGCACAAGGAAAUGCGGAGGCCACAAGCCAGACGAGUGCGCCACGAGGAGAGUGGGCUGCAAGGACGUGCAAUGCGCGGGUGAACAGUGCGCGCGCACAGGCAGACGCAGCACACUGGCACAGGCAGACGCACACGCAGACAGACGCACGCGCACUGUAGCGCGCGCGCACACUGUAGCGCGCACGCGUACUGUAGCGCGCACGCACUGGAGAACUGGCGGAGUGGAGCAGACUUGCGUGCAAACUAACAAAUGGAUGGAGCGGCAGUCUUUGCGGGCCUUGACACUUGCGGAAAGGCUUUGGGCUUGGAUGGAGAGCAUCACCAUGGGCUGCUGGGUUAGUUAGAAUCAGUGUUUCACUA